CGCUCGCGCAGCUUCAGCAGGGGUCAGUGUAUCUGUGUUUACUCUUCAUUGGACUGCACGGACUUCUCAAAUUCAUAACCUGGAGAUGAAUAACUAUAUACUGAUUAUUAUAAUUGUUUCACUGUCUCUGUUGGGACCAGGCCUGUGCUCAGAGGAUGAGUCCAGAUUAGUACGUGCUUUGUUCACUGGAUAUAACAAGGUUGUACGUCCUGUCAGCCAUUUUAAGGAUCCGGUAGUGGUUACUGUGGGACUACAACUCAUUCAACUUAUCAGCGUGGAUGAAGUGAAUCAGAUCGUCAGCAGUAAUGUUCGGUUGAAGCAGCAAUGGAAGGAUGUGAAUCUGCUGUGGAAUCCUGAUGAUUAUGGUGGCAUCAAAAAGAUCAGGAUUCCGUCCACUGACAUCUGGAAACCUGAUUUAGUUCUUUACAACAACGCUGACGGAGACUUCGCCAUCGUCCACGAGACAAAGGUCUUGUUAGAGCACACAGGUAUUAUAACGUGGACUCCUCCGGCCAUCUUCAAGAGCUACUGUGAGAUCGUCGUUCUUCACUUCCCUUUCGACCUGCAGAACUGCAGCAUGAAACUUGGAACGUGGACGUAUGACGGCAACCUGGUCAUCAUCAACCCGGACAGUGACAGGCCAGAUCUCAGUAACUUCAUGGAGAGUGGAGAAUGGGUGAUGAAGGAUUACAAGAGCUGGAAACACUGGGUGUAUUACGCCUGCUGUCCGGAUACGCCCUACCUGGACAUCACCUAUCACUUCCUCCUGCUCCGCCUCCCGCUUUACUUCAUCGUGAACGUCAUCAUCCCCUGCAUGCUGUUCUCAUUCCUCACCGGCCUCGUGUUCUAUCUGCCAACAGACUCAGGUGAGAAGAUGACCCUCAGCAUCUCCGUCCUGCUUUCGCUCACCGUGUUCUUGCUGGUUAUUGUGGAGUUGAUCCCGUCCACGUCCAGCGCUGUUCCACUCAUUGGCAAAUACAUGCUCUUCACCAUGAUCUUCGUCAUUGCUUCCAUCAUCAUCACCGUGAUUGUCAUCAACACACAUCACCGCUCGCCCAGCACACACACAAUGCCCGCUUGGGUCCGCAAGGUCUUCAUAGACACCAUUCCGAACCUGAUGUUCUUCUCCACCAUGAAGCGUCCAUCACAGGAACGGCAGGACAAGAAUUUCUUUCCUCCCGAUUUCGACAUCUCGGACAUUUCGGGCAAACCCACGCCAGCGUCUGUCACUUACCAUUCUCCCUUAACUAAGAAUCCAGACGUACGCAGUGCCAUCGAGGGGGUCAAAUACAUCGCGGACACCAUGAAAAGCGACGAGGAGUCCAACAACGCCGCAGAGGAAUGGAAGUUUGUGGCCAUGGUGUUGGAUCAUAUCCUUCUGUGCGUGUUCAUGGCUGUGUGUAUCAUCGGCACGUUGGGUGUGUUCGCCGGGCGGCUGAUCGAGCUCAGUAUGCUGUAAGAGUUGAAGGGCCGGAUGAAGACUGAGCUGAAACACCAGAUGUUCAUGGAACAGAGAGCUUAGUCAACGACUGGAACAUUUCCCAACGAGCCCUGCUUUCAUACUGUAUUUCUGUAUUAGUGAAACCUCCCCCCGUUUCGACAGUACACGGUGUGCAUAUUAUGAUUUCAUUUUUUUAUGCUAAAAUAGUCUCUCCUGUCCAAGCGUAAUAUGCAGAGACAUCAAUAAGUAAAGAAGAGUAAACACUGUGGCUUUGUGUCAAAACAUUAGGUUAAAUUUGGGGUGGGUCUAUCUUAGGGGCUGUUUUAAACACUAUUCUUUUUUUUAAAAACACUGAAAUAUUUAUCUCAGAAACAUUUAAAUGUGUGGCAUUACUUAGUUAUGUUAUUUAGGGUUAGUUGACUUGAUUUGUAAGAAUAUUUCCCAGUGUUCUGGCUGUCAUGCAGACCAUUGGUGGUUUUUGUCUGUUUUACAUUGCUGGUGAUCUUUAUGCUUGAAUGUCCUGAAACGUUGUUUAUAACAUGAAUAAAAUAAACAUAAAUGUUUGUGUUCAAUGUUCUGGUUUUCAUGACAGUUUUGUGUUCUUGUAAUCAAACAUUAAACAACAAAUACUUAACUAUA